AUGGCAGCCGCACCUACACUGAAAUCCAACGAUCCCAAUGCCCGUCUUACAGAGGCAUUAUGUACUUCUCUUCGUCGGCGACAAAUAGUCGGAUCACUCAAUGUCGCUCUUGCUACAGCAGCACUCAUUCAAAACAUAGUGCGAAGUGCAAGAUAUUCAACUAUUGAUGAAUUAUUAGCAUUGAUCAAAUCUGUCGGUAAGAAGUUGAUAGAUGCCAAUCCUAAAGAACUCGCUGCUGCAAACAUUAUUCGAAGAAUCCUAAGAUUGAUAAGAGAAGAAUAUAGAGCAGCAGCAGCCGCCCAAAUAAUGUCCGAACCUUCUUCUGCACCGGAAACACCUUUCUUAGGGCCUACUACACCAGGUAUAUCAGCACCCUUGAAUCAUUAUCUCUCAACUGUAAAUCAAGCUCAUAAUCAAAAUCAAAGCCCAACCCAGAAUUCAAGUUCAACAAUGAAUUAUUCAAGUUCAAGUUCUACUACUACUUCCAACAAUUAUAAUAAUAACAACAAUGAAUUUCAAUUCUUCCCUACAUAUUCAAUGAAUACGUCUACUCAAUUAUCUCGUCAAACUUCUUUAUCUAAUUUCGUCGCUAUGAGACAUUCAAGAGCACAAUUAGAAAGAUCAGGUUCAUUACUGGAUAUGCAAUUGCAAUUAUCACAAAGUACGAAUAACUUGUUCACUAAAAUACCUGAAACUCCCGGUGUUACUUCUGCUGGUGGAAUGAGCAGAAUAGAUUCUGAAGAAUUCAUGAAACAUUCAGCUAAAUUAAAGCCGGUUUUAAUACAAGCUAUUGAUGAAGUUGUUGGUGAAUUGGAAACUACUCAUGAAGAUGUUGCGAAAGGUGCAAGGGAACAUAUUCAUUCUUCCGAAAUCAUACUCACCAUGGGCCACUCGAGAACAGUCGAAGCAUUUUUGAAGCAGGCUUAUAGGGACAGGAAAUUCACAGUGGUAGUCGCAGAAUCUGCCCCGUCUUAUCUUGGACAUUCCCUCGCACAAUCCUUGUCUUCAUCUGGAAUCCCUACCAUCCUAAUACCUGAUUCGUCAAUUCACGCUUUACUGCCUCGAGUGACCAAAGUGAUCCUUGGCGCACAUUCCGUAUUAGCAAAUGGAGGACUAUUCGCUUUAUCAGGUUCUUUAGCAUGUGCAUUGGCAGCGAAAUCACACUCGAAACCAGUAGUAAUCACUACUGGUCAGUUCAAAUUCGCGCCCGCAUGGAAUCUUUAUCAUGAUUACGCCGCUGUAGAUUUCCAAGGUCCAGGAAACGUGAUUGGCACAAAAGGUAAUGGAGGUGGGGGUGGUAAAGAAGGAACUGAAGUUGUCGAUCCUUAUUUCGAUUACAUAAGACCUGAUUUAGUUCAGCUUUUCGUUACCAAUGAGGGCGAUCAUUCACCUUCAUAUAUCUACCGAUUGAUCAAGGAAGCGUAUGACGAGGAAGACGUGGACCUGUAA